GUCAUCAGUCGGAGCCGGAAAAACCUGCGGCCUUGGCUGCUUAGCUUGGUCUGCUGUCGAGGCUGGGUUUAACCUGCGAGCGCAGGUUGGCUUGGCCGCUGGGCGACUGUGCGUCUCAGCGAAUGGCUAGGGACCUGAUUGGACCGGCACUGCCUCCAGGCUUCAAGGAGCACGCGACAACUGAGGACGAGGAGGCCGACCUGAGCCCGGUUGCAGGGCCUGCUCUGCCUCCUAAUUACAGAAGCAGCAGCUCAGACUCCUCAGACAGUGAUGAGGACAGCAGUUCUUUGUCUGAAGAAGGAAAUCAAGAGUCUGAAGAAAAUGACACUGGUCCAACUGCCAGAAAACAGAGGCGAAAUCAAGAUAGAGAUGACGAUGAUGAUGGGUUUUUUGGACCAGCCCUCCCUCCUGGAUUUAAGAAGCAGGACGACUCUCCUCCAAGGCCUAUGAUCGGUCCUGCAUUGCCACCUGGUUUCAUUAAGUCUUCACAAAAAAGUGACAGAGGCAGAGAGGAUCCAGGACAAGUGUCAUCAUUCUUCAACUCAGAGGAAGCAGCAAGCAGUGAAGAUGAGGAUAUUGUUGGACCAAUGCCUGCAAAAGGACCAGUUAACUAUAGCGUAACAACAGAGUUUGAAAAAAGGGCCCAGAGAAUGAAGGAAAAAUUAACCAAAGGAGAUGAUGAUUCAUCUAAACCAAUCACAAGAGAAUCAUGGAUGACUGAGCUUCCUCCAGAAAUGAAAGACUUUGGACUUGGGCCAAGAACCUUUAAGAGAAGAGCUGAUGACAAAUCCGGAGACCGAUCUGUCUGGACAGACACCCCAGCUGACCGGGAAAGGAAAGCUAAGGAAAUACAAGAAACAAGGAAGUCACUCAGUAAGAAAGAUGAAGAAAACGUAUUGUCAGGAAGGGAUAAGAGACUGGCUGAGCAAGUGUCCUCAUACAACGAAUCAAGAAGAUCAGAAUCCCUCAUGGACAUUCAUCAUAAAAAGUUAAAGAAUAAGGCUGCCGAAGAUAAAAACAAGCACCAAGAGAGGAUACCAUUUGACCGUGAUAAAGAUCUCAAGGUUAAUCGGUUUGAUGAGGCUCAGAAAAAAGCCCUAAUAAAGAAGUCCCAAGAACUAAAUACCCGGUUUUCACAUGGCAAAGGCAACAUGUUUUUAUAAGUGAGUGUGCUUCAGGGAGGUACACUCGUGCUGAGUGAGCAGUCAGAACUCUCAGAACCCUUUGUCUAUAGUAAUUAUGUGCACAAAUACUUUUCCUUUUGUAAUAAAGUAGAUUCAGAUUCUACAUUUUUAUAAAUUGUAACUGUUGAAAAGUUGGGGGUAAAAUGCAGUUAACUGGAAAAAAUAACUUUGUCUUCACAAUAGCCUAACAGAACAUUGCUAUUAGAAAAGCUUAGGGUUCCAGUGAAGAGAAAUGGUACUACACAGAGCGUGAUAUACAACUUCAGGGGUCGUGUACGCCAUUAGAGACAAAAGAAAGGUUUGCUGGUAUUUGUGUGUGUGUGUGUGUGUGUGUGUGUGUGUGUGUGUGUGUUCACUUGCUUGCUUGUUUUUUUUUUUGUUUGUUUGUUUUUUUUUUUUGAAACAGGGUCUCACUGUGUAGUCUUGGCUGGCCUGGAACUCACUAUGUAUACCAGCAGGCUGGUCUCAAACUCGCAGAGAUGCACUUGCCUCUGCCUCCCAAGCACAAGGAUUAAAGGUGAGCACCACCAGGCCCUGUUCAUUGAACAAGAUCACAACUAGAAGAGUCAUUGCUUCAGAAGGCCUCUCUAAGUUUUUACAACUAGUGCAUCAUUUAUCCCUGGUCCCAUCUGCGUUUGUGGUGUCAGUUAAGGAACAAUGUAAGAAUUGAGGAUGCUUCUGAAGUUCCUUGUGAUUUGUAGCAGUAUGAAAUGGACUCAAUAUUCAGUGUGAUUUUAAAGGACAAUAUGAACUUUAGAGUGUUUUCCAGCUUACUGAAUUGUUACCUCAGAGGGAUUUUCCUGUGGGAUGUCUGUCUGUCCACCAUUAUUUGUUAGAGAAUGAUCUUUAAAAACAUACAAAUUUGCACUGUUCUGUGUAUCCUUUAAACUAACAUGGGAACAGACAAUCAGUGUUUCUUAUAUGGAAUAGAAUAUUUUGGGUGUUCUUGGCUUUUCUUUAUAUAAUUAUUUUAAGAAUCCGUUCCCACAGUCUGGUUUUAUGAUAUUUUACAAGUUUCUUCUUGGUUCUGGGUGGGACUGUAUACUGAAUCUCUACCACAGCCUGGACCUUUUUCCUCAAAUAUAUUUAACCUGCCCCAGAGUCAGUUUGUUGGGCCCUUGCAAAUCCAUGAAUUUUAAAUUGUUUGGUUUACCUCCCAAACAUCACCUAGUUAAUGCACACCUGUGUGAAAAUGUAGAGUGUGGAGUUUUGUUCUUUCUGCCUUUGUGUGUUUGAUGCCCGGGAAUUUUUAUUAACUGUCUGAUAAAUGGUUGUUUUUAUUGGUUUUAAGUAAAGAAGGUUGUUUGGAUUAUCUCAUGUUAAGGAAAUAUUCUUGUGAUUUUUUUUUUUAAACUCAAGUAAGUAUUUAUAAAGGAGGCAGUCUGAAGGACAUUAUACACUCUGUUGUCAUCCGUGUAAAAGUCUAGGACUCCUGUCUUCAUGGUCUCGCCCAAACUGUCUGCAUCUUGGAGCUUCACAUGGGAUAGUCAGAUCCAUAUAUGUACAUAACACUUUGUAGCUGGUUUACUGGAGCGUUAAUCCUGUAUAGCUUUUUAAAUUAACUCACUCAUCCCUGAAAAUGGGAAGUCUGUACUCAUGACCCCACUAGUGGGAGUGAUGUAUGUGUCAGUGCUUUGAUCAGUGCUUCUUAAGCUGUUAAACACAAGCUCCCAAAUCGGGAGAUAAAACCUAAAUGCCAAUUCUAUGCAUUUCUUGCAGGUUUUCUUGUUCUGCUAACUCUGUACUCCAGUUCUAAUGAAGCAUAGAGUUUUAAUGGAAAACAUUCUGAUUCCCGAUUUAUGUGAACUUUAUAAAAACUGGGCAAACUGUUCAGAUUACAAUAUAAAGUAUUUCUUAAUAGUGUCACAUUUUUGUACUAGUGUAAGUAGCUUAUUCAAGGACUAUUGCUUUUGAAAACCUGGGUUAUUCUGAGUGAAUUGAAGAGGCUUGUUGUCUGCAUAGAAUUGGACAGACCUACCCUUUGACUAAAGUGAGUGAUAGUUUCUGCACAUAAAACUUUAUACAAGAGUAUUAGCUUUGGCUAGGCAUGGUGGCACACACCUUGAAUCCCAGCACUAAGGAGGCAGAGGCAGACAGAGCUCUGUGAGCUCAAGACCAGCAUGGCCUACAGAGCAAGUUCCAGGACAACCAGGACUAUGGAGAAAGACCCUGUCUCAAAACUCCAGGGGAAAAAAAAGGUGUAUUUUGUCCAUUUCAUUUGUGAUUUUUUUUCCCCCAAUGAGAGGGAGAAAUGUUUUUUAGCUAUGAGAAAACCUAACAUAUUUUGUGAAAUUUGAUACUUUUAAUGUUGAAAUACAAUAAAUAAAUAAAUAAAUAAAUAAAUCUUUUUAAAAGGAGAUAAUGGUCUGGAGAGAUGGCUCCAAAGUUAAGAGCAUGCACUGCUCUUCGGAUCACCUGAGUUCAGUUCCCAGCACCGGCACCUGGUGGUCCACAGCCCCUGUAACUCCAGCUCCAAGAGAUCUGACUCCUUCUAUGGACCUCCAUGGUUACCUGUGCUCACGUACACAAAUCCACACACAGACACAUUCUUUUAAAAAGAAAAGUAAAUCUUAAAAGUAAGAAUAAUCCUAUCAGACACUCACUGGCCUUGCUUUUUCAGUGGAAAGGGAUAGGAAUAUUUAUAAUGUACUUACAUUUCCUGUGACCUCAGCAUAAGGGCAGGCCACCAGAUGUACUGCCUCUUAGGUACCCUGGAGCCAGUGCUCUUUUCUGUCAUCCAGUGAUAAUUGCAACAAAGUGUAAGCCAUUUCUAGGGCGGUUUGGCCACAUGAAGACACAAAUCCCAAUUUAAUAAAUGACAAUAAAAAAAUCAUGUAGCUUUGAGUGUAUUACAGAAAGGUGUUCCACAUGUCAUCCUUUCUCCUCCAAACCACAGGAGGCCGGUUUGGACCCACUCUCUUGGCCAUCGGCAUUUUCUAACCAAAGCAUCCUACGUUUUGGCCAAGUUUUAUAGGACUCUAGUGCCCUUUGCAGUGCAAAGAUGAAGAAAAGAAUAACACCAGGUGCAAGGAGAGGACCCUGAUGUCUCACUGCUGGCUGUGGCCCUCCAGUUAGUGAACGGGAAGACUUUGUCCAGUUCUCCACCUUCUCGGCUGGGUAGAUGACACCCCUCAUCUGGUAGCCACAUUGCUGGUGAGCAGAUGGUGGAGUCAUUGUUUUGGGUAGUGAGGGAAAGAGAGUGAGGGAGGGUGGCCCAGCCCAAGGUGAGACUUGAGAUUAGAUUAGCCUCAGUACAGGAAACUGAACCCUGCUCGGGGGCGGAGGGACAUAGUCUACAUAGAGUUUUAAAUGUUUAGGUGUGGCAACACAUUUAUCACCUUAAUAUUUAGUUAUUCACUGUCAAGUGUGAGAUGUGUGUGGAGCUGAGCCUUACAUGUUUCAGACUUACAGAAAUUAUUCGAUGUUACUUGUUGGUUCUUAUGCAGGCUAGCAAUGUUGAUACUAUUGGGAAGUGCAUGAUGGUGGGGUGCAGGUCUUGAACUUGAGGCUGUCAUCCACUUGUACUGUUCCAUGGUAUUAUAAGUAUUUCUAGAAAAGCCUCUCCAGUGAAUUAGACCUAUGAGGAGGAAUUAACGUUAAGAGAAGUGGCUCCUGAAGAGAAACUCAUGCAGAAUCAACAGUUUACUUGGCUUCUGAUGCCAUCCUGAGGCUCCAGACUGCAGUUACAGAGCCUUAUGCUGCCGUGGAAGAGCUUUUUAUUUGGUUGUUUUUUUUUUUUU